CCGCCAAUGUGAGCCCACUUUGAACAUUUUUCAUAACAAAUCUAUUCCCCCCCACUUAAGAAAAACAAUGUAUUUAAUAGGGACAUUUAGCUCCUGUAACAGGGGGCUUUUUAACACCAAAUAAUAUCCUUUCACAUAUUGGAAAAAAAUGUAUGUAUGCCUAAUCGCCUCGAACACAAUUGAAAAUAAAAAAGUAUUUUGUCUCAAAAUAAAUGUGAUGAUUUCCAUGAUAUUCAUUGGCUACAAAUUUGCAGCAUUUUAAAAAUGAUUAAAUGUUAGAUCAAAUUACCUCAAAGUCAGUCUUUAGACAUAUUGCACGCAAUGAUCUCAUGGAACAGGAAAAUGUUCUAGUGCAUAGUGACAAACAGGUGUUUAGGAGAGUCCUGUGGUAGUUUUUGAUGCUAUUUAGUGUUUUGGGAGAAAAUUCAAUCUUAGGUGCCUUUUACACCGUGGAGGCCUUUAGCCCCACUGUAGCCUACCCUAUUCCAGUUUAUAUGGUGAGAGAGAGAGAGAUAAGUCUUAAUAAUCAAAUUCUGAUCAUAUUUCAGGACCGCUGACUGACUGUCUGAAUAUUGUCACUGAAUAAGCUAAUGUACUGCCAAAUAAUCAAACCUUAAAAAGUCAUCAUAAUUGACUUGAUCCACAGAGGCUGUGUAACCAGCGUUCGCCGUUAUUGGGCGCCAUAAUAAAUAAAUAACUAAAGAGGAGCGAACUGCAGCUGAACUGCUGAUGUCAGGAGCUCCAGUGCUGCAUUUCAUGCUGCAGGGUGAAUGGCGACGGCGAUCUUCUCCGGAUUCACACAUGCGAACCUGACAAACAAGAUGCGGACCGUCGUCAAACACUGCGUGAUUAUAGCGGCGGUAUUAUCGUGCCUGGUCCCGUCAGGAAACACGGCAAAAAAGGUUUUUAAAUGCCCGUCCGCCUGUAGCUGCUCUAAAGAGUCUAUAAUUUGCGUCGGGUCUUCUUAUGUCCCGCGAUUCAUACCCAACGAUGUCAGUUCACUGAGUAUUGUGAAUGGGACCUUCUCUGAGGUCAAGGAGGCGAUGUUCUCGCACACGCCGUCCUUACAAUUACUGUUGCUUAACUCCAAUGCACUCACUACAAUCAGGGAUGACGCGUUUGCUGGUCUUGCGCACCUGGAAUACCUGUUUAUAGAAAACAACAAGAUUGAGACAACAUCAAAAUACUCUUUCAGAGGACUUAGGGAUUUGACCCAUCUGUCUUUGGCAAAUAACAACAUUAAAGCUUUGCCACGAGAUCUAUUCAUAGAUCUGGACUCAUUGAUAGAGCUAGACCUGAGGGGCAAUGCCUUUGAGUGUGAUUGCCGAGCGAAAUGGCUGAUGAUGUGGCUAAAGAGCACUAAUGCCACUGUAUCAGACGUCCUCUGUGCUGGCCCUGAGGAGAUGAAGGGCAAACGACUCAAUGACAUGGCAAGCUUGCAUAACGAGUGCAUCUCCACAGAUUUUAUCCCCCUUCACUCUGUUUCUACUGAGUCUUUAUCUGUGGACACAUUCUCCCACAAGAAUGAUGUGUAUGUGGCCAUUGCUGCUCCCAACAUAGAGAGUUGCAUGGUGCUCCAAUGGGACCACAUCGAGAUGAACUUCAGGAGUUACGACAACAUCACAGGUCAGUCUAUUGUUGGCUGCAAGUCUGUGAUUAUCCAGGACCAGGUCUUUGUCAUUGUCGCUCAGCUUUUUGGUGGUUCUCACAUCUAUAAAUUUGAUGAGGACCAAAGCAAGUUCACGAAAUUCCAGGACAUUGAGGUGUCUAAGGUAUCUAAGCCAAAUGAUAUUGAGGCCUUCCAGAUUGGCAAUGACUGGUUCUUCAUCAUCGCUGACAGCUCAAAGGCUGGCCUAUCCACUCUCUACAAAUGGAACGACAAGGGCUUCUACUCCUACCAGUCCCUCCAUGAAUGGUUUCGGGAUACUGAUGCAGAAUUUGUAAAUUUGGACGAUAAGGCCCAUCUUAUCCUAGCGAGCCGUUCCCAGGUACCAGUGAUCUACCAGUGGAGCAAAAGCACUCAGAAAUUUGCCUUGCAAGGGGAGGUCCCCAACAUGGAGGAUGUAGUUUCUGUCAAGGCCUUCUGGAUCAAAGAGGAACUGUAUCUGGCAUUGACGAGAUACAUUGGUGACUCCAAAGUCGUGCACUGGAGUGCUAAGGAGUUCUCUGAGGUUCAGGCUCUUCCUUCAAGGGGAUCCAUGAUCCUGCAGCCUUUUUCCUUCAAAGAGAGGUACUAUCUGGCUCUCGGAAGUGACUAUACUUUUUCACAGGUCUAUCUGUGGGAUGCUGAGCAGAAGAUUUUUGAGCAUUUCAAGGAAGUCUAUAUCCAGGCUCCACGUUCCUUCACUGUGGUCUCCACUGACCGAAGGGACUUUGUAUUUGCCUCCAGUUUCAAGGGCAGCACACAGAUCUUUGAGCAUAUCAUCAUUGAUCUGAGCCUUUGAGUGCUGUUGUGGACACAGGCUCAUUUGUGCUCAGCAGCACCCUCUGGUAGAUGGAACUUUUCCUGGGUGAUUGACAAGGGAGGUCUGAGAAGCAUAUUACGGCAUUAUCAGGCUCACAGUAAUUAGUACUUCAUGCAUAUAUGUAGUUUUACAUUGAUUCUGGGAGGGCCCUGGCAUUUUAUGCUGUGCCAUAUUAGAAUCGUUAUGUAUUAAUUAUAACAUUACAUGUACAAUUCCUCAGCCCCACUAAAUCAGAAGACAUUUCUCUCAAACUUGGUGCAUGGAUGGCUGAAAAGAGUUGCACUUGUCACCUGUAGCUAUCUAAAUCACUCUCCAUAUCGAUAUAUAACAUUUCAAAAGUCUGAUGCUGAUAUCAUGCAUGAUGUGGCUGAAAAAUAAAAAUAAAUAAAUAAAGAGUAGCAAAUAGAAAAGCACAAUUUUCAAAGCAGGCAUGCAAAUGACAUUUGAAAUAAAAGUACAGGGGACAAAUGCAGUUUUAUUAACUUUAGUAACAUUAAAGUCCGAUGAAUAAUAUUUUUACCUCAUCAUUUAACUAUUUAUUGAAAUUACAUCUUUGUUGGUGAAUGGACAACUAUGUCAGGUAAAUAAUCAAUUAAAACGAAGCGCCUCUAUCAAAUUCAACAGAAUCUGUUCAGAGUAGAACAAAUAAUAACUUCAGGUUCAAUUGAGUGGGCAUUAGGUAGACAUGUCAUGUGUUGGUUUAUAGGGGAUGGGUGUACUGAAGUUAAGAACAUAAAGCAUUUUGUAAAAAAAAAAAAAAAAAAGGAAGAAGAAGAA